CGGGAAUUCCACCACCUUCCACCGUCCAUCUCGGCAUCUCUCCAAACCCACGCCCUGUCUUUUUUUCUGGAGGGAUUUGUCUCCUUGUGUUGUCGCAAUAAUGAACUCCCUCGCAAGAAAGACGGCCUCCUCGGAGCUCGCCUUUUCGCGGGCUUCUGCUCAUGUCUCAUCCGCUGGCAGAUCGCCCGCCUACCGAAGAUUAGCAUCCCAGCUCUCUCAGAAUGCCUCUAACAACGGUGCGAGACAACAAAGCUCAAUGCUUUCCGGCUCAGUUCGAUCGCCAUUGAGGUCUUCCUUUGUCCCUGCCGAGCUUCGUUGCUCCCCCACUUAUACCGCUCAAUCUCGUCUCUUCCACCUUUCCAGCCGCUUACACAAAGAGAAGCCUCAAACUGAACAAAAACCCUCAACUGCUGCACCUACCGACGCAAAAGAGAAGAAGCCUGCUGAAGCUGACGCCGAAUCUGAGGCCAAGCCUGAGGAGGAGCAAUCCAAGAAGACCGAGGAUGGCGAGAGUGCUGGAAAGGAAGGAAAAGAAGAGGGCGAGGGUGAGGGCGAGGGCAAGGAUAAAGAGAAGAAAAAGGAGGAUGCCCCUCCCCCUCCUCCUCAUGGCGACAAGACCCCCUGGCAGGUUUUCAUGGAGACCAUGAACACUGAGUUCCAGAAGUCGCAAGAAUGGAACGAGUCGACCAAGCAGAUCGCUGCGUCUGCUAAUCAAUUCGCCGAGAGUGAGGGUGUGCGACGUGCUCGUGAGGCAUACGAGAAGUCCACUGGCGCUGUUUCCUCGACCCUUGGAAAGGGUGCCAAGGUUACUGCUGGUGCCAUUGGCAAGGGUGCUUCUUGGACUUGGGAUACCUCAGUCGUCAAGGGUGUUCGUAAGGCCGCUAAUGUCACGGGAGAUGCCGUGGACAAGGCUACCCAGCCUAUCCGAAACACAGAGGCUUACAAGAAUGUCAAGAAUGUCAUUGACGAUGGCAGCUCUUCACGAUACGGUGGCUGGGUUGAGAAGGAGGAGCGCAGGAAACGCCGAGAGGCACUCGACAAGCAGCGGGGUUACAAGGCGGCUGCACCUAUGGAAGAGGACAUUAACGCUGGUACCAGUGUUACCGUUCACAAGGACGCUGCUUGGAAGGAGGCUUGGAGAGAUUUCCGCGACCAGAACAAGUAUGUGCAAGGACUUUUCAGCUUGAGGGGCAAGUAUGAGGAGUCUGAGAAUCCUCUUGUAUCGACCGCUCGAAGUAUCACCGACCGCAUCGGAGGCUUCUUCGCCGAGAACGAGACUGCCAUGGUCAUCAAGAAGUUCAGAUCCAUGGACCCCAAUUUUCAGACAGAGCCUUUCCUCCAGGAGCUUCGAGAGUACAUUCUUCCCGAGGUGUUGGACGCUUACGUCAAGGGCGAUGCCGAGACACUGAAGCUCUGGCUUUCUGCCGCUCAGUACUCUGUGUACGAGGCCCUCACCAAGCAAUACCUACAGGCUGGUAUGAAAUCGGACGGAAAGAUUCUGGAUAUCCGAAAUGUCGACAUUCUACGAGCCCGCAUGCUCGACCCCGGUGAGGUUCCUGUCUUCAUCAUCACGUGUCGCACACAGGAGGUUCACGUCUACCGCAAUGCCAAGACGAACGAGCUCGCUGCCGGUAUGGAGGACAAGGUCCAGCUGGUCACAUACGCCAUUGGUAUCACACGGGUACCAGAAGAUGUCAACAACCCUGAGACAAGGGGCUGGCGUCUCAUCGAGAUGCAGAAGAGUGGACGAGACUGGUACUAAAAGAAACAGUCAUUUUAACGCGGCGUCAAGGGGUUGGGGAUCUGCCUUUGUUGGAUACCUACGAGAUGAGAAGGAAUCGAAGGCGAACACGGGAGCAUCGCCUAAUGUGUGUUAAUUACUGUAAAAUAUGUGCUAUCAUGUGAAAAUAUCUGGGCAGGCUCUCGACACGAAAAAACAACACCAAUACCACCACACCCACCACGACACAACACAACGUACAACUACCAAACAAAACAAGCAUUUUCUGGAGAAUGGGUUUGGGGCUGCUAAACAGCAAAAAAUGACUACUACCACGCCGCUCUGCUUGCCUCGGGAUGAGGCUCUUUUUAUGUAUGAUUAUAGAGGGGAAUAGGGGCAUUGGGCCGGGCAUCAUUGGUGGGAGGAAGAUGGACUUAUAGACAUGUUCAAAAGUUGCCUUGGUUUUCAAGGUCGGUGCAAUCUAUCUGGGCGUAUAGCCGAAACAGUUCAAACAACCAUCAUCU